AUGGGCAAAGGACAAUUGUGUUUGCGAUCCAACAAAAUAACCAGCCUUAAGCUUGGUACACUCUCAAAUCUAACCUGGCUCUACACGUUGGAAAUUGAGUCCAACCAAAUAUCCAGCAUUGAUGUAGGUGCAAUCUCAAAUCUUCCCGAGCUCAAUCGCUUGUCACUUAAAUCCAACCAACUAUCCAUUAUUAAGGCUGGCACAUUCUCUAAUCUACCUUCUCUUGAAAAGUUGGACCUUGCCUCCAACAAGAUAACCUGCAUUCAGGCUGGCGCAUUCUCUAAUGUUGGCACAUUCUCAAAUCUACCCAAGCUCUGGCGGUUGCAGCUGCAGAACAACAACAUAAAUAGCAUUCAGGCUGGUGCAUUCUCAAAUCUACCCGGGCUCAAACGGUUGUUCCUGCAGUACAAUAAGUUAACCAGCAUUCAGCCUGGCACAAUACCAAAUUUACCAAACCUCGACACUUUGCAACUGUGGAGCAACCCCUGGCAGUGUGACUGUAAGAUGGCUCCAUUAAGGCAAGCAAUAAUCAAAAGUUCUAAAGUUUUAAACCUGAUAUCAUGUGUCCAACCUGAAAAACUUUCAGGACAAAUACUUAAAUAUAUCAGUCCUGAAGAUCUGGUCUGUAAUGACCCAACCGAAUCAACACCAAGUGUUGAGGCCCAAAGCUCAUCUGCAGUAGUGUCAACAGUUUCAUUUGGCAGUACAGAAAACAAUGUGAGCCCUACAGAACAUCAUAUUGCCUCUACAUUUGUCCCACUGAUCAGUGAUGACCCAACAAAAUCAACACCACCUGCAAAUGUCCAAAACUUAUUUAGCUCAUCUGUAGUGUCAACACCUUCAUUUGGCACCACAGAAAAUGAUGUAAGCCCAACAGAACAUCCUAUAAGCUCCACAUUUUCCACACAGCUGGCUGCUCACCAAUUGCAAAGCCAACUAGCGGUCAUGAUCACCAGUAUGAAGAUCAUGGUCAACAUGGUCAGACAGGGAAGGGACCUGACUGAUGCAGGAUUACAAGGCAGGAACGGUUUAAUGGACUUUCCUCCAGCAGCUACGCACAACUGUUGUGUGACCCCACCGGGGUUGGUUGAGCUCUGA